AGAUUAACCCCCAGAGUUUCCUCCGUGCUGGCAUUGCAUCAUGAAUAGUGAAAAAAAAAAAACUGAAAUCAAAGCCAAACAUUUAAAGCUAGAUGAUUUGAAAAAGGAGAAGGCUGGCGAGACGAACAGAUACCUGCACAAAACAGACAUCCCAGAUUAUCCUAAACCAGAAUUUCAUGUGAAUCGUCUGAAACAUGAAACUACUGCAGGUGGACUUGAAGGGAUCUGGAAGGAUGGAGGCUUCAGGGUUCCAGAUAAAGUCUUAAGGGAUCGAGAUGGAGGUUCCAAAAUACCCCUGAUGUGGUGGAGUCUGGCUGUGGGACCAGAAGAGAUAAAUGAUGCUGAAGAUAGGCUCCUGAAGGAGAAGUUCCCAAAUCGGAGGGAGGUGAGAGAUCCUGAGCAGCAGAGAUUCCUGUGGAAGUUUGCCACCUCUCCAGCCUUCAAUGAGACCUCCCGGGUAGGCUCGUUCCGCUUCACCUUCUCACUGGAGGAGGUGCUGACAGCCUAUAGAAAACAGUUCUGCUCUGGAGCUGAGCCCGUCAUGCGGGUGUACAAGACUGUUCUGCACCUACAGGAAGUGAUGUACGUGGUUCUGGUCCACAGCCCAGAUUUCAAUGAGACGUUCAAAGACUGUCCUUUAUUGGAGGACAACCCAGAAGCCAUCUGUGUUUACAGAGAUGGACGUUUCAUCUGGAGGGCACAGGCCAUGUGUGAAACUCAUUGGUAA